GACGGCCCCCUAACGGGCGUAGCAACAUGGCGCCGCCCGGCGCGGGGUCACGUGCUCUUACAGUGCGGGGUCACGUGCGUCGUGGACAGUGAGUUGGUGUUGGUCGUCCGCGCGCGGCGUCGUUGAUGAGGGCGCUCGCUCACAGAGCAGCCCUGCGUCGACGGCCGUCUGAUUGAACUCCGAUCUUGUACACCCGUCCGCGCUGUCAAGACCCCCACCACAUUCAGACUCAACUCAAGACAGGCAUGGUGUGGUUGGUGCUGUCGCUGGCCCGAGCCGUUAAGCGGCCCGACCUCCGCCCGAGAUGGUGCUCCUCGCCGGCCGCGUCCCCUGACCUCGCCUUCGUGCCCGCGUGCGCCCCCGCGGGGACGCAGCAGUGCGGGCAGCUGCAGGACUUCCUCGCCAACUCCCGGCGCCUCUUCGUGCUGGCGGGCGCCGGCCUGUCGACCGAGUCGGGCAUCCCCGACUACCGCUCGGAGGGUGUGGGGCUCUACGCGCGCACGUCGCGUCGACCCAUGCAGCACGCCGAGUUUGCGCGCAGCGCCGUCGCCCGCCGGCGUUACUGGGCGCGAAACUUCACCGGCUGGCCGCGGUUCAGCAGCCGGCGCCCCAACGCGGCGCACCUCGCCCUCGGUCGCUGGGAGCAGCAGGGCCGGCUGCACUGGCUCGUCACGCAGAACGUGGACGCGCUGCACGCCAAGGCCGGCAGCCGGCGAAUCACGGAGCUCCACGGGUGCUCCCAUCGCGUGGUUUGCUUGGACUGCAAGGAGGUUACGCAACGAACGGAACUGCAGCAGCGGAUGCUCGACAUGAACCCGGGCUGGCAGCAGCAGCAUGAGCAGGCCAUCGCUCCCGACGGAGACGUCUUAUUGUCCGACAGCCAGGUGGAGAGUUUCCGUGUGCCCCCGUGCCGCUCCUGUGGUGGGCCCCUCAAGCCCGAGGUCACCUUCUUCGGGGACAACGUAGAUCGGAGGACGGUGGACGACGUCUACCAGAGGCUGUGGGAGUCGGACACCGUGCUGGUGGCUGGCUCCUCCUUGCAGGUUUACUCCGGAUACAGGUUCAUCCGCGCCGCCUAUGAAGAGAAGAUUCCCAUCGCCAUCUUGAACAUUGGGCCGACGCGCGCCGAUGCGCUGGCGCAGCUGAAGGUGAGCUCGCGCUGUGGGGACAUCCUGCCGCUCAUGCUGCCGGGCUCCCACUGAGCCACCUGGGCCGGAGCUGAGCUGCACAUGGGUAUAAACUUAAGAGGCAUUUGGUCAAGAGGUCACCACGGCCCCGCCAUCGCGUUCUCUCGCGAGAUCCUGCACGAGGGCGCAAUCCAUGCCCAGCCACGUGCGGUGUCCCAGCAUCAACUUUGCUUGUUGUUGAUGCAGUUGUCGUGUGCUUCAAGAGUUGCUUCUCGAGUCUCAUCAUCGCCACCACUAACUGGGUUUAGGUCUUCACCUUGGCCACGGGACCUGUGGGUGCCACUCCAGUGGCUGGCUCGCCAAUCUACUCUCGUCCGCCGUGCACACGUGCCACCCGCUUCGGCAUCCUAAUUGCAACGAGAAGGCUUUCUCUAUCUGCAGUACGUUCCUGCUAUGUUUUGUUCUGAACUUCCAAGUUACUUACCCCAUCAGCAAAUUCUGCGGAUCCUUCAAUAGCACCUUUAUUAAUAUUAAGCGGAAGCUGGAUUACAAACCCAGCGACACUGCGUCGUGAUGGCAGAGAAAGCGGCUGAGUAUUUCCGCUGUGAAUGGGGCAUUGUCUUGGUUUGAUUUUAUCUGACAUCACCCCAUGGUCUAUCCACUGCUGGAUGAAGACUUCCCCACUCACCGUCUUGUCACAAAACAAAUUUACAUUUGAAACUCUCACAGAGUAGUUUAUAACGUCUCCUGAAAAACGACGCCAUGAGGGGCGCUGCGGUGGUGAGAUGUUAAUUCCCUCGCCUGGUAUGCAGGAGGUCGUGGGUUUGAUCCCGACCCUGGCGCCUGCUGUAUAUUUGGAGGUAAUACAUUGUUAGUUAUUCCCAAUUUAUUAUUUAUUUAUAGCAGUCAUUGUUAUUAAAUAUUUACCAUUUCCCCCUAUGUUCACUCGUACCAGGAAUGUAACCCUGUUUUUGGAGCAACAAGUUUUCUGCACUCGCGAGCGUUUUUCAAGAACGUAAACCCUCGCGGAUAGAGAGAGGGUUCGCUGUAUGCGAUUUACAUAUUGUGGUAACGCGUAAUGGUUUGUGUAUGGUAUUGCUUUUUGAGUUUCGAUGGCGUUCUUUUGCCAGUAAUAUCUGGUGAUCCACCAAAAUUGGUUUCAUAAGCGUGACUGCCGAUGAGACCCAGAAAGUUGAAACGAGAAGUUGCUUGCCAAAACAAAUGUCACUACAUAAUAUCGGUGUGCAAACCCAAAACUAAUGGACUAUAACUUAUAUAUAUUUAUCUGUGGAGAGACGGUAUGACAGUUUUGCUAAUAUAUGUUUUUACCCAGAUGACAAUAUGAUCACUGAGAUAGACGGCCUGAUUCUUAUAAGGUAUGCCGCCUGAUGAUGCUGUUUGUAAUUACUGGCGAAACGUCGUACUCGAAAUUAAAAUGCUGCGCUAGUAACGAAGUGGCACGAUCUGUUUACUUGACAAACCUUACAAAUUGGCCGUGUCAGGGGGUGGCGGGUUUAACGACACUUUUUUAUUUAGGUGAUCUAACCCAAAAACCUCUAUUGUGGAUAAUACUGGUCGUGAAAGCCAACGUGUUAAACAGGGUGGAUAAUGGUUUUCUGUCGAGUUUUUGCAGGAAAAGUUCUGAAUUAGCAAAAAUCUGCAGACCUUUUAAAAUGCCUUGAAUAACAUUUUAACUUACUUUCUACCUACACAUGACUUGUAUUCUUAUAGUGGUAAAACAAGUCCUGAUGUUUGUAGCAGUGUGGAAUUCAUUAAGCACUUCGCCUUCCUAGGAGGGCUUCUGUACACACAUAUUCUGUACACUAAUGGGUAUGUUAACAUUAUUAUAUUUAAAACAGGAAAAUACACUUUAUCGUAUUAAGACAUGUUUUGUUAAAUGAAAGCGACGCUUGUGAAAUUGUAUUGACGGUACGAGCAAUGAGGGGAAUGGUUUAUAACGGUGUGUACUGAGCAGGGUUGUUAUUUUCGUGUUUUGCAUUACUUCGAUGCAUGUCAAGAGCAGUGUGACCUUAAAAUAAAAAAAGAUAUAUAUAAUAGACGACAUUUCGGGCAAUUACUCCUCUUCAUAGCACAUGUAUAUAUUGCUUUUAAGGCAGUGUUAAUUAUGAAUGUUACCUGUGCACCACUGCCAAAUUCAAGCAGCAGCAUCAAGAAAACAUUUGGUUAUAUCUAUGAGACGUUUUUGCCACUAUCAAAAUGAUGAAAAAUAUCGCAAUAGGCUUUAUCCUUUCUGGCAAUAAAACAGGUUUUAAGAUGUUCAAA